AGCUGGCGACGUGAGGCGGUCGUGGGUCGCGCUUCACGGUGAUCCUGGGAAAGAGACAUGGAGGGGUGUGUGUCUAACCUAAUGGUCUGCAACCUGGCCUACAGCGGGAAGCUGGAGGAGUUGAAGGAGAGGAUCCUGGCCGAUAAAUCCCUGGCUACUAGGACUGACCAGGACAGCAGAACCGCGUUGCACUGGGCGUGCUCAGCCGGACAUACAGAAAUUGUGGAAUUCUUGCUGCAACUUGGAGUGCCAGUGAAUGAUAAAGAUGAUGCAGGUUGGUCUCCUCUUCAUAUUGCUGCUUCUGCCGGCCGGGAUGAGAUCGUAAAAGCCCUUCUGGGUAAAGGUGCUCAAGUGAAUGCCGUCAACCAAAAUGGCUGUACCCCCCUACAUUACGCAGCCUCCAAAAACAGGCACGAGAUCGCAGUCAUGUUACUGGAAGGCGGGGCUAAUCCAGAUGCUAAGGACCAUUAUGAGGCCACAGCAAUGCACCGGGCGGCAGCCAAGGGUAACUUGAAGAUGAUUCAUAUCCUUCUGUACUACAAAGCAUCCACAAAUAUCCAAGACACUGAGGGUAACACUCCUCUACACUUAGCCUGUGACGAGGAGAGAGUGGAAGAAGCGAAACUGCUGGUGUCCCAAGGAGCAAGCAUUUACAUUGAGAAUAAAGAAGAAAAGACACCCCUGCAAGUGGCCAGAGGUGGUUUGGGUUUAAUACUCAAGAGAAUGGUGGAAGGUUAAGCAGCUUGGAUGUAUUCUUCCUGUGUAUGUUUCUGUGGUUGUCCCCGGUAUCCUGGAAACUCAUGUCCUUGUGCACAAUCCAUCGUCCACGAACGAUGAAGUGUUUUCGUCUUCAAAGUCUUAGAAACGUGUCGAAUAUUGUUCCUGCUGAGGUCUUUGUCAUAAGCUUACAACUAGCUUGCCAGGCAUUGAAUAACUGUUGAGAUUGUUCUACUCUUGUUGUAUAUUAUGCCGUACCGAAUUUGGGUUAAUUUUGAGUUAGUGGGUUCCGUGGCUUUGGUGCAUCUUUAGCACCCUCCCCUCUGAGGCACAACAACCCCAAUAGCACCAGGCUGUUUGUCACGUGUUUCUAAGUAGGUUCUUGAAUGUUCCACUGUCCAGUUGAAACACAUCCUAACUUGUCUCUCAAGCUCACUCAGAGGCCUAUACCAAAAAUUUCUGUUUUUUCAACAAUACGCUUCAAUCUUUUUGUUUUGGGAGGAAUACGUAUAUAUUUUAAAGGACCAAAUUUUCAGUUGGAGGCCAUGCUAUCCAAGUUCAGAAUUCCUAAACACUAAAAGAAUGAAAAAUAAGAGCCUGUGUACCCAUGUGUCUUUUUAAUGAGCUCUUUCCCUCCAAAAUAAAAUGUAUUGUUUUUAAAACAGAAGUUUUAAAGUACCUACAUUAAGUCAUCCUGUAUUGGGAAGAAAUGUCAAACUUGUUAAUGUGAUAUGUAACAAAAAUGUAUUUUGAUUUGUAUUUCAGAAACAAAAAAUAAAAUGUUGCGAGAAUCUCCCAGUUUCCCUUUCAAAUCGGUUGGACACCCCAUGUAGUAAACCUUAAAAUCCUUCAUAAAGACAUUUCUCAGUUUUGCUAGCUCUAACGUCAAUAAAAUUAGCGAAGCUUGAGCUGCAGCUAAAAUCUUUAAAAAUAGUAAUCUUCUGAGUUGCUAAUUAAAUGUGAGCAAAGAAAAUAAGUGUAACCUUGAUCUCAAUUUAGGGAAACAACGUAAAUGAUUGCUAUUGUCAUAAAAUCUAAUGAACUCCAA